AUGUUUGAAUCAAGUGUUUUAAAUGGACUAACACGAUUAAGUAUUGAAAUUGGAAGUAGUAAAAGUCGAACUGAUGAUGAUUUUAUUGAUAGAAUUAAUCAUUCAUAUACAACAACUGUACUUAUGAUAUGUACACUUGUAAUAAUGGGUAGACAAUUUAUUGGUAAACCAAUAGCAUGUUGGACACCGAAUGAAUUUACUAGUGCACAAGUUGAAUAUGCUACAUUAGUAUGUUGGGUAACUUCAACUUAUUUUAUAUCACCUGAUCAACCAACAAUACCAUCAGAUUUAUCGUUACGUAGAAAAGAUUCUAUACAUUAUUAUCAAUGGGUGCCAUUCUUGUUAAUGUUACAAGCUGCAAUGUUUUCAAUACCAUGUAUUAUAUGGCGUUUAUUCAACUGGCAAUCACGUAUUCAUCUGUGGACUGUAAUGGACUUAGCUAGUAAAGCUGGUGAUCUUGAAGAAACACUACACUCUAGUGUAAAUCAUCUCGAAUAUAUUGUUAAACAUUUAGAAGAUGCUCUUAUUAUUCGACAUCGAUAUAAACAAAGUCGUAAAAAUAACAGCUCCAUUUCAACGGCACAAACAUCUGUAUCUAGUCCAGCUAAUACAAAUGAACAAAUAGUAAAUAAAGAUAAUUCCUGGUAUGCUAUACUUCCGCUUACAAUAAGCAAUAGAUCACGUAUUCCUGGUCCACGACCUUGUUCGCCACAAUCAAGCAGUUAUCUUAAUGGAUUAUACUUAAUUAUUAAAGCGCUUUAUGUUUUUAAUUCAACUGGACAAUUAUUUUUGUUAGCUAGGUUUUUAGGUCAAACCACAAUAUUUUUUGGACCACAAAUGUUAAUUGAUCUUAUAAUUGGUACACAGUGGUAUCAAAGUGGAAAUUUUCCACGUGUUUCAUUUUGUGAUUUAGAUAUGCGUAAAAUGGGAAAGAAUUAUCAUAGAUAUACAUUACAAUGUGUAUUAAGUAUUAAUAUGUUUAAUGAAAAAAUUUUCAUUUUUCUUUGGUUCUGGUUUAUUGGUAUCACUUUAAUAAAUAUACACAGCUUCUUACGUUGGUGUUGUAGAUCAACAUUUCAAACUAGUCGAGUAUGUUUUAUUAGAAGUUUAUUAUUUAAUAAAAUCUCAAUGAAGAUAAACAAUAAUAAUAUUAAUAAUAAUAAAUCAGACUAUUCAUCAAAUAAUACUAAUUCCAAUGUAACACAAAAUUCUGAUUAUCAGUCGACUAGUCAACAAUCAACAACAAUACAGUUAGCUGAUUCAUUAUCUUCUGAAUGUUGUAAUGAACAAUUAUCAAUAACUGAUAAAAAAGCAUCAGCAUUUUUUACUGAACAUAUUUUAGGACAAGAUGGUGUAUUUGUAUUACGUUUAAUUGCAUUAAAUGUUGGUCAAUAUAUUGCAUCAAAAAUAGCUUGUCUUAUUUGGGAUCGUUAUAGACUUGUAAAUAAUACAUCAAAGUAUACACGUACAAUAAAGAGAACACAAGAAACACCGAUAACGACGACGACGAUGAUGAUGACCACCACCACCGCCACAACAACAACAACAACAACAACAACAACAAAACCACAAACAAAGCAUGUUGUAACCAGUAGUAUUAGACAACUGUCGAAUAUUGUUCAAAAUCCACCUAUUCCUGAAAGAAAAGAUAAAAUUAAACAUAACAAAGAAUUAAAUUUAUCAACAUCUAAUUUAAAUGAAUUAGAUAAUAUUGUAAGAAUUAGAACAUUAAAUGCAUCUAAUACAAUUGGACAAUAUUCACAAAGUUUACCAUCACAAUCAUCUAUAUAUAGUUUAAGAAAUUCUUUUAAUAAUUCUUAUGAUCAUUGUUCACAUUCUGAUAGAAAUUCUUCAAAUAAUUCAAGGAUUCAAAAUUUAAAUCACACAAAUAAUUUUGUUUAA